AUGGACGAUCCAGGGUGGUCAUGGCCCGCCUGGAAAUUUGGUAUGAAGAGGGACGACCUCUUCACGAAGCUCCAUGAUCAGUACAACACCUUUCCCUCCUCGAUACAGGACCCGGAGGCUUUCCACCACGACGUCUACGAACUUUCCAACACCGCAAACACCCCCGAUGAGCUCCAUCGCCUGCUCGCCGACCGCAAGGAGCAACGCCUCCGCGAGUUGAACGACAGCCUCGAGUCCGCCUCGUUAGAGAUCAUCGCCAACCCGAAGCUGAUCGGCACCCAGCAGUGGCAGUACGCUCUCCAGCUCUUUCGGACAAAGUCGCUCGACUCGCUCGUGCGAUACUUUGCCUCGUACCUGCCCGAAGACCACACCUGGCACCACUUCGAGGACAAUGGCUCUACCUCGAGCAUGGCCUCUUCCAUCUCCGACUCCGUCACCGACUCCGGCGACUCCAUAUCCACCAACUCGAGCAAGCCCUUCUUUGACGACGACGAUCAUGACUUCCUGACCCACGAACCCCUCACCAUCCACACCUCGGUUCCUGCGAGCCACCUACCUCCCUCUCCUCGAUCCAUGACCAUGUGCACUGAUACGUCUUUGACGCAUUGCUCCAACUCGUCGGCCGCCUCUCCUGUUGAUGUCUCGCAUCCUUUUGACGCCAUGACCCCUGCCCGCACCCUGUCCUUCUCAGAGAACGAGUCGGACGUCAUGGCUCAAUCGAUGGCGGUGUCGCAUUGCCAUGAAGACAAUACAUCGCAGCAAGAUGACUUGGACACCCCCUCUACUUCUAUAUCUGAUAUCUCCAACUUAAAUCAGCAUCACCAUUCUCGUAGGACGUCUGCGCGAGACUGUUCUGGAGCCGAUGCUUCACCCAACGACGACGACUUGGUGGAGGACUCCGUGGAGGAAUCAAACACACCCACCCCCCGAAAUGAAAGGCCAUCGGAUUCAUACCCAUUCGAUGGAGCUGCAAAACCAUCUUCCACGGCGAAGUCUAUACAUCGUUCAUCGUCGUCUCUCUACACAGAAGUAUUGAACGAUUAUGUACGAUCACAGCGAAAAGGGCGGCGAGAAGGCAGCCCAGCGAGGUCUGUCAGGAGGACGAGCCCGGAGAUCGGCCGAGUGCAGAAGCCUUCACCCGAUCCGAUACGUAUCCGACCCAUGGGCCGUAGGCGGAAUGAAUAG